GGUGUGGUGUGUGCGGUCGGACUGUGGUUGUGUUUCAGGUCUGGUCGUGUUGAUAACGACACACUUCGGACGCAUUUCAUCGCGGAGAGAUGGGAAUUUUGAAGAAAUGGCUCUGAAAGAGAUUGCCCUGCCGCUGCUGGCCCUGCUGGGGUUAGUGGCCGUCGGUAAUGCUUUACGCUGUAACUGCACUAACUGUGAGAAGACUGGCUACGAGUGUGAAACAGAUGGCGCCUGCAUGGCCUCCACAUACUACAUCCAGGGGAAGGAACAACACGUACGCAUCUGUAUCAACCGGGACAACCUGGUCCCCCCUGGACAACCGUUCUACUGUCUGAGCGCUGAAGGCCUGCUCAACACACAUUGCUGCUAUGUCGAUUACUGCAACAGUAUUGAAGUCCCCGUCCCAACAAAGGAGGGAGACUGGGCAGCUUCAGGGAGCUCCUGGGGGCCGGUGGAGCUGGUAGCGGUCAUUGCAGGGCCGGUGUUCCUUCUCUGUGUGCUGCUGAUGGUCGGCGUGUUCCUGUUCCAGUAUCACCAGAGGGCUUACAGCCACAGGCAGAGGCUGGAGGUUGAGGACCCAUCCUGUGACCAUCUGUACUUGGCCAAGGACAAGACCCUGCAGGACCUCAUCUAUGACAUGUCCACCUCGGGAUCAGGUUCUGGUUUGCCCCUGUUUGUGCAGCGGACGGUGGCGAGGACCAUCGUGCUUCAGGAGAUAAUAGGAAAGGGUCGUUUUGGCGAGGUGUGGAGAGGGAAGUGGAGGGGAGGAGAUGUGGCGGUGAAGAUUUUUUCAUCCAGAGAGGAGCGGUCCUGGUUCAGAGAGGCUGAGAUCUAUCAGACAAUCAUGUUGCGCCACGAAAACAUCCUGGGAUUUAUUGCAGCAGACAAUAAAGACAAUGGAACAUGGACUCAGCUGUGGCUGGUGUCAGACUAUCAUGAACACGGCUCUCUAUUUGACUACCUGAACCGAUACUCUGUCACCAUCGAGGGCAUGAUCAAACUGGCACUGUCAGCCGCCAGCGGCCUGGCACACCUGCACAUGGAGAUCCUCGGCACUCAGGGUAAGCCUGGCAUUGCUCACCGUGACCUCAAGUCUAAAAAUAUCCUGGUUAAGAAGAACGGCAUGUGUGCCAUAGCUGACCUCGGCCUGGCAGUCCGCCACGAGUCCAUCACAGACACAAUCGAUAUAGCACCGAACCAGCGCGUGGGCACUAAGAGGUAUAUGGCUCCAGAAGUUCUGGACGAAACCAUCAACAUGAAACACUUCGAUUCCUUCAAGUGUGCCGACAUUUAUGCGCUGGGCCUGGUGUACUGGGAGAUUGCGCGUCGAUGCAACGCAGGAGGUAUACAUGAGGAGUACCAGCUGCCCUACUACGACCUGGUGCCCUCUGACCCCUCCAUAGAGGAGAUGAGGAAGGUGGUGUGUGACCAGAAACUGAGGCCCAAUGUGCCCAACUGGUGGCAGAGCUACGAGUCACUGCGUGUGAUGGGAAAGAUCAUGAGGGAGUGCUGGUACGCCAACGGAGCAGCCAGACUGACGGCCCUGCGCAUCAAGAAGACCCUGUCUCAGCUCAGCGUGGAGGAGGACGUCAAGAUGUGAGCGGUCAGGUGCCGAUAAAGGCGCGCUGGAGACGCACAACCAGACCACACUCCCAUAGGAAACGAACACUAAAGACAGACUGCAAAUGAAAACCCUGCCAGUUUUAAAGCCACACUCCAAGUUGUGACGAGGCCUACCUCACCUUUUUAGCCAAAACUACUGAGAGUCACCCUUCCCCUCUUGACUUUUCUCUCUCCCUCCACCUCCCCUUUGUUCCUUGUGUCUCCUCCCGGUCCCCCCUCCCCUCCUCUCCAUGGGCCACAACACUACAGCACUACCACUGUUAAUAUCAUCACACUCAACCUGUUUGUUUUGUUUUCAUUUCCCAUGGCAGGAAUUACUACUAUUGUACAGUGACAGGAUUUUUUCUUGUUUUAACUUUUUUACCUCUCUGAAAUAUGUCCUAUGACAGACUGACUUUGUCCAGAAGAGUCCAGAAUGUUUUAAGAGUAAUAACACUUCAUAUUCUGUUGGCCAUGCAACAUCACAUUGUGUAGCUGUGUGUGUGAGUGUGUAUUUGUGUGUGUUUGUGGGAAGGAGGCUGAAGCACUGUUUCUAGUCGUGUGUGUGUGUGUGUGUGUGUGUGUGUGUGUGUGUGUGUGUGUGUUUAAAAGGUGUCUGGACUACUUGCCUGUUUCUAAGACACUAAGAUGUCCUCUGGUUCAGGCUGUAGCUCAUUAGAUAAUCCAGUAAUGGGACAUUUUGGUAAUUAAGCAUGAACAGCCAGAUUUUGCUUUUUAAUCCCUCACUUGAAUAUUCUUCAAACAGAAACGAGUUGCACUCAACUGUAGCUUCCUCAUCGUGUGUGACACCUGCAAGUGUUACAGAACAGAUGUGGUCCAGUCCUGGUGUUAUUUUGAAAUGUGGCAGGGAUAAUGUUUGGGGUGGUUUUUACUUUUUAUUUAUUUGUCGAUAGUUUUUAUUUCAUAUUGAUGAACACUGUGAGAUGAGAUGUCACAAGCCAGACUCUAAUAUGAUAUGAAAAAUAACAUUGUAGUUCAGUCCAAGCCGUCACAAUCUUUCAGAUGUUAGAUUAAAGGGGUCGUUGCAUUCAUUUUAAUAAGAUACUGAGUGCAAAUAUGGAUGUAGCAGUAACCCCUCGCUGGUGACAGGCGAUGACAUCGUGCACACUGAGCAAAUAAGAGGCGUAUGAAAUGGCAAUUAAAAAUACUGGGGUUUUUUAAAUCUAUUUUUGUGUUUUGUGUAAAGACAUCAUGAUGGGUGUUUUCUUUUGAUGUUGACAUUAGACACUACUGAUGAUGGGUACAUAUGAUUUGUAUAUAAAACAUGCAUAUUUCUUUUUUCUUUCAUGCCACAAGCACCAGUGUGACAUCUGAACAGUGAUUUUGCUUGAAUGGUACUUUCAGAAGCCCGUUGUUUUUGAUCUGUCUGCAUGGUUUCAAACUGUGCCAGGAAAUACUGUGUCAUCUGCUGGAAUUUGUUUUUUGUUUUUUUUGCUCCUCAUGGCAAUUUGGUGGUACUACUGAUCCCAGAUAAUAUUGCUGCAACCUGUUUUAUUUUUAAUGUAUAAUUGUUGGAAGUGCUUGCUGAGUUCUUUUCAGAGCUCAAUACUGCAGAUCUGUUUCUACAUUAUGUCCUCUGGAGUGGCAUCUCUUUCUCAAUGACACUGGAAUAUUUAGGAGCGCCAUGUAACCUUGAAUUCUGAUACUGCCAAUGGCUAUUUAUUCAGAAAGACAGCUGCUGACAGUUCAUACACAGGGAACAUACAGUUAGAUGUGAAAAGUAGUUGAGACAUUUUACCCUCAAAGACUGACAUGCUGUAAAGUGAAACUGCAUGUUUUCAUUCUACUUUGUCGUCUGCAGCUUCAAGUGCGUCUGCAGACAAAACUAUGAAAGUAUUACACUGACAUUUGUCACCGUUGGGCUCUGCACUGUUAUGUCCACAUGGACUUUAGUUAAUGUUAGUUCUGUCUGUCAUCACUUGAUCCAGAAACCAUGUGUCAUGUUAGUAUCCAUUUUGCAUGCUGUCUCAAACACUGGGUCCUCAGCUCUGAGGUAGAUUAACUUAAGACUUGUCUUUCCCCUCCUACCUGUUGUUUUCUUUCUUCCUUUUUGUUCGGGUCGUUGGCUGUGUACCCCAGAAAUGUUGCUGCUACUGUUAACAUGGGUGGAAGUUCAGCAGGCAGAUCGGAGAAGGAACGCUGGGAGGGAAAAUGGAGACUGCUGUCAGUUGAACCAAAAUUGUCAAAACACUCCUGUCCAUGUUUGGUUUGUUGCCAUGGGUAUAUGACCAUCAGACAUCCUGUUCAUAAGUAAUACUUCAAGAUUUCAAAAAUCAUGUUGUGCAAAUCUUUUCAGAAUUAGUUGAAAAGUGUAUAUAGAUGAUAUACAAUAAAUUCCUUUUUUCUUACCUA